UCCAUAAUUAUACUUCUACUUUUUUGUCAAGUACGAGAAACUGAAGAACAUGGAUCAAGUGUGGUUGGUCCCAUAUCUUAUCUACAUUGGAAAUAAUAAAUUCAAUAUGAAAAUGCAACAAAAUAAGUAAAAUAAAAGAGGAAAUAAAUCAAAAAAUGCUGCAUAAAGAUUCAACUUAGCCUCCAUGUAUCUUGAUGAAGGCUCUGCAGAAAUGGGAAUUAAAGAUCUUUUGCCCGCAUACCUCAAUCCAUCUCUGCAAACUCAAGAUCUCGUAACAGGCGUAAAUUUUGCAUCUGGGGGAGCAAGAUAUGAUCCUCUAAAGUCUGAUAUUGCAUUGGUCUUUUCGUUAUCAGAUCAGUUAACAAUGUUCAAGGAGUAUAUAAUGAAGCUUAAGGAGGUUGUUGGAGAAGAACGAAUUUCCAAAAUCCUAAGAGAAAGUCUAGUUAUAGUGGCUACGGGAGAAAUGAUAUUAUCAAUACAUAUUUUAGCACUCCUCUGUGAAAAUUCGUUUACGACAUUCCUUCAUAUGCUGAUCUAAUGGAUUUGGAAUUUCGAAUAUCGGGUGCUGUGGCAUAGGAACAAUAGAAGUAGCAUUUCUCUGUUAAUGUACAUGUUCAAAUGUAUCUGAGUAUGUUUUCUGGGACAGUUUUCAUCUCACAGAAAAAGCGUACAGGCCUUCUUGUUCUUCAGAUCCUCGAGCAAUACAUGAAGGAUUUCAUCUGUGUAAAGCCAUUCUGCUGAUUUCAGUAACUAUCAGCAUUAUUUGCCCUUCUUCUUGAAGUACAGCUGCCAAGUAUUACCAGCCAAACAUGCACAAUAUGUUUUCAUCAUUUGAAAGAGUAACAAAAUUCUUAAAUGUUUGGUCAGUACUGUUCAUGUACUUGGACGAUUAUGUAUAAGUUGCUAAGAAGUUGAAUUUGUGUAAUUUAGAGAUAAUGUAUCUCGUGGCAAAUGCAAGAAUGAACAGAUCUUCAUUGUUCAUCACAAUUGUUGGCCUAAUGAACAGAUAUUCAUUGUUCGUCACAA